AUGCCACCUUUCUGGACAAUCGGCUGUCUCUAUGGCGCGUCCAGCGUCAUGCUCGGCGCAUUCGGCGCACACGGCCUGAAGAAGCGCAUCAGCGACCCAUCGAGAAUGGCAAACUGGGGAACGGCGGCACAAUACCAGCUCGUCCACUCGGCCGUUUUGACCUUCGCCUCCGUCGCCGCGCCACAGAACACCGUUGCCAUGGGCCUGCUCACCGCGGGCAUGACCAUGUUCUCCGGCAGCUUGUACCUGCUUGUGCUGGACCCCCAGCGGUUUGGAAAAUACCUGGGGCCUGUGACGCCUCUUGGGGGGUUGUGCUUGCUUGGAGGCUGGGUUGCGCUGGCGCUUACGAAGAGGCCGAUCAUGCCCAAGUUCAAGUGA